UGAAAAAAAUCGAUACAUAUGAGAGGUUAGUUUUAACUGCUACUUAAAAAUAACUAGUGGAAACCUUAAGUUAGUGAAGUAAUCUGUGGUUAAAUAUCUACGGUAAACAUUGCACAUAAUUUUGUGAAAUGUUUCGCACUUUAGUCAGGAGAUGCGUUCAAACGCAAUGCAAAAGGUUAAGUAAAUUGUCAGACUUGAGUCAUGUUGAGAGGAGGAGUUUAAGUGCGAACGCUUCUACAACUGGCGGGAAUUCAAAACCUGAAACAGUCGAGGAUAUGCUAAAACUUUGGUUCAAGCGAUUCUCGGAUGCACAGGUCUACGAACCUUUAGAAUCCAUAGCCAAUAUUUUAGCAUCAACUUUAAAUUCUAAUAAGAUUGCCACUGUAUAUCAAGAACGAGACAGGAAAUUAUCGACAGUUGAAAUGAAAAACAUUAUUGAGAUGUGUAAGAAGAGAUUGCAAAGAAUGCCCAUCCAAUAUGUAAUAGGUCAAUGGGACUUCAGAGAGUUGACUUUGAAACUGCGUCCACCUGUAUUCAUUCCACGACCGGAGACCGAAAUCCUAGUAGAAUUGGCGUUGAACGACAUCAAAUCAAGGGACGUUACGUGUAUAUUGGAACCUUGCUGCGGAAGCGGUGCGAUUAGUUUGGCCUUGCUGAACCUUUUACCCGGUUUAAAAGCUGUGGCCUGCGACAAAUCAUCGAAGGCAUGCGAAUUAACGGAAGAGAACGCUUCGGAUUUGAAGUUAUCUGGGCGGCUUGAAGUUCAGCAAUGCGCGAUCGGCGAUAUAGAACUGAAGAACAAAUUCGAUUUAAUAAUCAGCAAUCCACCGUACGUGUUAUCCAAAGAUAUGAUGGACCUUCAGGCGGAGAUUCUGCUAUUCGAAGAUUUGGAAGCGUUGGACGGAGGAUUGGAUGGUCUCGAUGUUGUCAGGGAUAUACUGGGCGUCGCGACGACGUAUUUAAACAGGAGUGGAAAAUUAUUUUUAGAAGUUGAUCCCUCUCACCCCGAGCUUAUUGCGAAUUUGUUGACGGGGAGUCCUAGCCUGGGGCUGAAGUUCGAGCGAUCCCACAAAGACUUCAACGGUGUGGCAAGAUUCGUGGAGAUAAUUAAAACAUAAACCAUAGGAGAAGAAG